GCCAGCCAACGACAGUAAUUUCCCACCCCGACCUCAUCGUCGACGGCGCGCGUUCGCAGUACGACGGCGAACGUUGAUCGAAAUCCCCAGUUCUUCAACCAAGUAGCUGUGCGGGCUAUCCAUCUGGCACCAAUGGGUCGGCCGCCCGGAAGCGUGGGCCGGCCGCAGCUGAAGGUGGAGGACCUGCUGCGGAUCCAGACGCUGUCGCGCGACGCGCGCAUGGGGCCGACGCAGAUCUCCAAGAUCACCGGCUACUCGCUGCACCAGAUCAAGUACGCGCUCAAGAAGAAGACCCCGACCGUCGGCGUCCGCUCGGGCCGGCCCAGGAAGGGCGAGGCGCCCAAGAAGAAGCAGAACGCCGAGCCCGCGAGCGUGCCCGCCGGCCGGCAGGACACCGUCAUGGGCGAAGCCAAGUGAGUGAUCUUUCCGUCUCAUGCCGUCUCAUGCCAUGCCGUCUCAUGCCAUCUCAUGCCGUCUCAUGCCAUCUCAUGCCGUCUCA